UCCCCGCUUGUGUCCCAUUCUUCCGCCUGUCCCCCCCUCAAUCAAAUGCUCAGUCCAAUCCUGUUGAGCAGGGACAGAGUCCCUGUAUCAGUGCACCUGCAGGGUUUCCUACUUUCCACAAUCUGAGUCAGUUUCGGCGACAUCAUGGAUUCUGGUUAGUGAAUGCCAAUUGCCGCGUGUUGCGUUGAACUUCAAGGUGUCCCUUUUCAGGAAAUCGUCCUAGUUGUUCCCUCCCAGAAGCUGAGCCACGAGAAUCCUGGGUUUGCAUGUCUCCCUCCACAAACAGCAUCCACAGCGUUCGCUACUUCUGCUAUUACAAUUUAAGUAGUGUAAUAAACGCCAUUGUGGGCCGCUUUUGGCUACGGCGAAACCAAAGUUUUGUUAGCGAUGGUGAUCUUAGGAAGCAAUGAUGGCGGGAGCGGCGGGAAAAACGGCACGGAAGAGAAGGCUGCGUAUCAGUGGAAGAAAUACGGACAGAAGUUCCUCGUCUCGCAAAACGCGAAAAGGUUCUACUACCACUGCGCCGAGCGUGACGUCACCGGCUGUCCCGCGAAGCUCAUCAUCGACAAGGUUCCCAAGGAACCCUCCUCCUCCAAAAAUGUACCCAUUGUCGUCACAAGCAAUGCGCCGCCUUGCUCCGCGACUUCUGCUGCUGCUGUUAGUAGGAGCGCCGGCUUUGGCGGCGGCGAAUGCGGCGGCGCCGGCGGCGUAGCUCCCAGGGAGGCCAACUCCCCGCCGCUAGUACUACUAGGGUCACCGCCGCCACCGGUUCUUGCUGAUCAAGAUGACGCUGGCCAUGGCCAUGUGGACCCAUCAGGUGAUGCUGAUGCCGCCAUUAACGGCCUGGAUUGGCGGGACAAUCAGGAGUUCCUAUUGGACGCGCUUCCCGUGCUCGAGCGCCGCGGCCGCACGCUCAUGCCGCGGCGCGUGUGGUGCCGGGAGAAGCACAACCACCCGCCGCCGCAGCAGCUCCAGCUCCCGGGAACGGCGGCGGCGGCGGUAGCCCCGCCGCAAUCGCCGCCGCCUCCGCCGUCGGCGUCGCCGUUGCUGCCGACAUCUGUGGCCCAAACUCGGGACCAAAACGCCGCUGCUGCUGCUCCUGAGGGAAGCUCAAGGGUUGUAGCUAGGAGUGGUAGUAACAGUGAGCGUGCACCCAAAGGCACGUUGAACCUGGGUGCAAUGCCGCCUCUUCCGCUUCCUACCAGCACUGGGAUCUUUAAUUUCACGGAUGCGUUACACCAGCGGCAGUUGGCCGAACAGAAGCAGCAGCAGCAGCAGCAGCAGCAGCAGCAGAGUCUGCAGGAAAGGCGGCGGGUGAUAGACCUGAUGGUUCCUCCUCCAAUGGCGGCGGCGGCGUCAACGGCGCCAGCGGUGCUAGCGUCAUCGUGCAGCAGCCUCCUAGCCCAGCAAGAGCGUCUUGCCGCUGCCACACUGAGCGCCGUGCAGAUUCCGCCGCCGCCUUUUGGGAGCUUUCUAAGUGCUUCCACGAGACAGACAGAGACGGCAAAAGGCGCGUGUGCCCUUCGGCUUGGGUAUGCUACUACCACUACUCCUACCCCUCCUGCUGCUGCUGCUGCUGCUGCAGCAGCAGCCUCUUCCUCCACCAGCGCAACCUCAGCCGGCCCCCCGGGUUCUGCUGCCACUGCUAACGGCAGCGGCUGCCGAUCGCCCCGGCAGGAAGAGCAACGAGUCCAAAAGAGGUCCAGGAUGGAUAUUAACUCGCGCGAUGCCACUGCUGCCACCGCCGCCGCCGCCACCACCGCCGCUGCUGCUGCGGCCAAGAGAAUGCACCUUUUCCUGGAUGCCAGCACCAGCAGCAGCAGCUGGAGCCCGCAGUCGGUCGACUCGCCCCUGCUCGCAGCCGCGCUCAAAUCGGACCCUCUUUUGAGUCGGCUCCAAGGCAGCCCGCAGGCUUUCAAAAGUGAGGACUGGCCGCUCAUGUCAGAACGAGCAGAAGCACGAGCAGCGCUCAAAUCGGACCCGCUCUUGAGUCGGCUCAAAGGCAGCCCGCAGGCCCUCCACUUGGAAGAUUCUGCGAUGCUGCUGCCGGGGGCAGCGCUAAGAGGAUGUGAAGGAGGAGCGCUGAGAGGGUGCGAAGGAGGAGUGCUCCGAUUGAGCCAAGGUGUGCAGGAAGGCGCGGGAAUUUCUGGGCUGAACCCGAUUCGCAGAUAUCAUCAUCAUCAUCAUCAGCAGCAGCAGCAGCAGCAGCAGCAGCAGCAGCAGCAGCAGCAGCAGCAGCAGCAGCAGCAGCAGCAGCAUCAUGUGGCUGAGGACGCCGUCCCGGGAUGGCUGUUACGCAACGGUGGUGCGUCUGCUGAGUCAGCAGCGACGGUCGUAGCUGCUGCUGAUGUUGCUGGUGCCGGUGCCGGUGCCGGUGCUGGUGCUGGUGCUGGUGCUGGUGCUGGUGCUGGUGCUGGUGCUGGUGCUGGUGCUGGUGCUGGUGCUGGUGCUGGUGCUGGUGCUGGUGCUGACGUUGGUGCUGCUGGUGCUGGUGCACAAGUUGGGUCGGUGCAAGCAGCAGCAGCAGCGGCCCAUGCAGCGGUGAUGAUGCAGAUGCUCGGUAAGGCCUCGUUGGUGGCAUCGCUGCAAGACCGAGGCCCGGGAGGGGUAGCAGGAGGAGCAGGAGGAGCAGUAAAAGGUGAGAUUCUCUCCAAUAAACACAUCAAUCUGAACCUGUCUGCCACUGCUACACCCACUGGCGCUGCUACAGCCACUGCUGGUGCAGAGUCGGAAUGUCCCUCGCUGACUGUUGAAAGAUAUAGCCUUCGGUGGCCGUUCCUGGCAGCGAGUAAUGCGGUGGGGGGAGGAGCUUCCAACAGUGCUGCUCACAUGCAGCAAGCUCAGCAGCUACAAGAGCAGGCGCAGCAACAGGUGCAGGAGCAAAUGCUGCUGCAGCAUCAGCAGCAGCAGCAGCAGCGUUUGCAGCAGCAGGUGCAGCAGCAGCUUCUACAGCAGCAGGUGCAGGGACAGUUGCUGCAGCAGCGGUUGCAGCAGCAGCUGCAAGAGCAGGUGCAGCAACGCCUACUGGAGCGAGUGCAGGAACAGCAGCUGCAGCAACAGCAAAUUCAGCAGCAGCACCAAGAGCAAGUGCAGCAGCAGCUACAACAGCAAUCGCAGAAGCAGGAACUGCAGCAGUUGCAGCAACAGCAGCUGCAGCAGUUGCAGAUGCAAUACCUGCAAUGGUUUCGCCAGCAAAACCAGCAGCAGCAGCAGCAGCAGCAGCAGCAGCAGCAGCAGCAGGAGCAGCAGCAGCAGCCAUUGAUGACGCCUUCCCCUCCUGGCCCCGGCAUUCUUUCGGCAAUGCUGUCUCCCAAUCUCCCAGCUACGCUAUUCGGCCUCACUCCCGCAGCAGCUGCCCGACCACUAGCCUCACCGCCCGCCCCAUCACCACCUCUGCCAGCCCCAGGCGUACCCUUUUCACCUGCAGCUAUCGCUACAGCCAGCGCCACAGCCGCCGCCGCUGGCUCUGCUGCUGGUACUACUGCUGCUGCUUCGGCUGCUGUUGCUCCUCCUGUGUCUUGGCGAGCCAGGAUGCAUCAUGCAUCCAGUGAGAUGCAUCAGGCUGUCACUGCAGAUGCAGGGGAUGGAAUACCGGUUCCUGCCCUGGCCACUGCAGCAACUGCGUAUCAGAGCCCGCCCCUUGCCUCUAUGAAUGUACAUUCCACUGCGUCGAUCCGUCAAGGAAGCAAUGUGGGACCUCUUAGUUCAAGCACAGGUGAUUUGUCGGUUGGGGGGAAAGGUGGUUGCUUGAAGGGCGAAGAGGGAGCAGGUGGGGGAUUGGAGCUGGACCUGAUUGGCCAGCUUGGUACUGUGGGCUCUAGCUGCAGACUUGCCACGGCGGGCCCUCAAUUCCCUUCGACGGAGUUGCACUUGUGAUUUGUGCUGUGAAAUGAGUUGCGAUAAUAUCAUGCUCAUGCUGCUCUACUUCUAUUGUUUGCAGACCGU